ACAGAGCCUAAAAUUAAAUCACGGUCUCUUUUUGAGAGUAAAGACUAAAAGACUGAAGAGAGAGAAACAAGCAGCCAUGGAAGAUGCCCUAACUGAAGCACCACCGCCAUCAAGGUUUUUCAAUGAAGAUCUUGACAACUUUAUCAAACCCUCACCUCCACUCCCAUCCCCCUUUCUUCUUUUCUCUGAUCCCAACUCCAAUUUACUCAACCCAUCUUUACUCAUCAUCGCCAUCUCCUCUCCCUCUCUUCAUCUGCUUCACCAAAUCUCUUCAAAAACCCUAAUUGGAUCACUCAUUCUUCCUGAAAUACCCUUUUCAGGAAACUCCAUUGAACCUUCUCCAAAGGAUAAGUCAUGCAAUAUCUACUCUAUCAAUGGUGAUGAUGAGAGAUCGAUCCUUUUAGUGCUUACUCAGUUUUCGAUCUCCCCGGAAAGAUCUCACACCGUUGCAAAAUUGCUAAUCGAUGGAAACAAGAUUCAUCCAGAGAAAGUACUCAUUCUCGAUUCGAUUGAGAGUAGAAAUUUCCGUGGGGAACUUCCUCCGGAUGAGAUAUUAGGGUUUAAACUAGAAACAAUGGAGGAGAAGUUAAAUAGUGAAGCAAUGGUGAAAGGCUUGGAUUACUUUCCAUCUGGAAGUGUUAUUGACGGAAUUUCUGCUGCUCUUCUUGCUCGUCGUCAAAUUAAGAAGAUUCGUGCAACGUUAUGCGUUACCUGGCCCCAAAAUGGUUAUUCUGUAAUCUCUUAUCUUAAAUCUGUAGUUCUUAGAGACGUUUUACCUAAACUUACCUUGAGUAGUGUUGUUUUAGAUUCUGAUCUAGUUAGAGAUUCUCGUUAUGAAUCUGAAUUGUACACCUGAGAUAUGUUUUGGAUGAUACAUGAAUUUCUGAACUUGAUAGAAUGAAGAAUUAGACGAAUUUAAUCUACUUAUUAUUUCUCUGA